AUGAUCGCGCGUCUCGCGCGUUCGCGCGUCGCGCGCGCGUCGAACGGCGAGGGAGACGAAGAAUUUCGAGCGUCCGUGGAUGGAUUGAGGGAACCGUGCGACGAUUUCGUGUGCAAGAGCUCGCCCGCGGUGGAGAACACGCUAAAGUCGUUGAUUAAGGACAUCAACGCGGCGCGAGGGACGAAUCGAAGCGCGGCGCCGUACUCGCCCGACGUGACGUACGACGACGGCGCGCUGCGAUUCGCGGGGAGCGAAAAGUAUAAGCGGUACUGCUCGUACAUCGAGAAUAAUCUGAGGCAGGUGACGACGAGGGUGACGGAGAUAUCGAUGGAGGGGUCGCUGGACGUCGCGACGGUGAAGUGGGAGUUGAACGCGGUGAACGACAUCGGAAGAGUCGGCGUGGACGUGACGGCGACGUAUAAGAUGAAUUUGAUCACGGGGCGAGUGUUGGAACACAGAGAGCAAUGGGUGGUGAAUCCAGCGAGGACGGAUGCGCAGGCGGGGGCGUUGUUGGAGUCGACGCGAAAGGCGCACGCGUUGCCGCUCAACGCCAUGGAGGUGGCGGACGAGGCGAAGAAGAAGUUUCGAGAGAUUUCGAAAUCGUUCGCGUCGGAGGACGACCAAGAAAAUAGUAACAUAUACGUCGACCCGAACGACCCGAUGAAGUUUUUCCAGCAAGACGACACGUCAAAGACGGAUCUCUUGCAGUUGAGUCUCGUCGCCGCCGUCAUCUAUCUCCUGACGAAGGUUUUUCAAGUCUUGAAUUGA